CCUCCACUGAAUUGACCGCUGGCUUCCUAGCGCUCUUGGCACACAUAGGCCUAUUUCAAGUCUCCCUUCCUAUCAUCUCCCUUUCAACAUAAACACUACCACAUCGCCCACCAAACCGCACCUCUCUGUGCACAGCAACCACAACAUCUGAGUUCUCCACAAUCCACAAAAGCCGCCCCAUCAUUAAACCACUCUUAGUCUCGUCACCACAAUGGCUGCUUGCGUCAUCUUCCUCAAGUCUCUCUUGACCCGCAGCGAUGUCAAUGGCACGCUCCCCGCUGAAGUCUACAGCGGCAUCAAGUGGUUGCCUAAUGAAGAAGAACUCUACUGGCAGGUCAUUGCCAACGAGACUUGCGGCCUCCCAAGAGAGAACCAAGACGACCUGAAGAUCCUCAUGGCAGAUAUUACGGGGAUUCUGCCUGAUCGCGUCAGGAAGAAGUUACUGCGGGUUUGCACGUGCACGACAUCCGGCCGUGUCAUGUACUUCCUGACGGGAUCCAAGAUGAGGAUUGCUGGUACAGCUGUGGCUGUGGUACUGGCUUAUCUGGCCGUAAAGUAUGUGGUUCGGCGCGGAGAGAAGAUCCGCAUAGAGGAGCGGGAGAUGUAUGAGGCCAAGCUUGCUCAGCUGAAGCGUCAACUCGGCCACAACCUGAUUCAAGAAGUCGAAGAGUUGAAAGGGACUCUCGUUCAUACGGAGGACCUCAAGGAGGCAGGUGCAGGAUUGGCCAAGCAAAAAGAUCUUGUAAAGCUCGAGGAUCGGAUUGACACUAUUGGUAGCGCCAUUGAAGAGGGACAGGCACAGGACGGUCUCCAGAAGGACAAACAGGUCCAAAAUAGCGCUGCCGUCGAAGUCGAAGAGGAGCAAGCUCCAGAUUUGAAGGAAGAUGUCACCUCUGAGUUCGAUUGCGACUCCAAUAAGUCCAUAUCUUCCGAGUGGAUCGAGCUUGACGAGGAAUUGUUGAAGGGGACGAACUAGGCUGACAGUGUUCUAGAGGGAGUGGAAUGCUGCGUGGCAUGGGUCCCGUAGCGUUCGCCAUGCUACGUGGGCUUUUCGGCGACCUUGCAAUAGUUUGCACAGAAGGUGAGUAGGUUCAGGGGCCAAUGGGAGUUAUAUAGUUUUAUGCACCGUACGGG